AUGCUUGGUCUCUUUGGGCUCUCUAGGCCCACUCCCGAGCCGACUGAAGGGCCAACUGACAAGGUUAUCCCACUCCACUGGUUCGAGGAUGGGUUCAUGUGGAAGAAGGUCAUUGUCUACACGCUGUUUGUCUUGGACGAUGCGCUCGAGCCUAGCAAGCUCCAGCAGUCUCUUGAGAAGCUCAUCCAUCGCGAAGGGUACCAGAAGAUUGGUGCCAGGCUGAGACGGAAUCAAAAUGGCAGAGUAGAGUAUCACGUCCCUGAGAGCUUCACUCCCGACCGCCCCGCGGUGGCUUUUACACACGUCCAUCACGAUCAGAGCGUCGAUGACCACCCAACUGCUUCAAAGAUCCCCAAGCCUGACGGCUUGGCGGGCCCAGCCGUCGUGGGAGACCCAGAAGAACUGUCAGACCUCGUUCGCCCCGGCGGCACAACCCUUUCCCUCGACGACUAUCUCAAGACGGACCGACAGACGCUAGGACUGCAUGUCACAACGUUCCGCGACUCAACAUGCAUGUCUCUAUACUGGCCCCAUCUCGCGUUCGAUGCGAUGGGCAAGAAGGCCAUCGUCGAAGGGUGGACAAAGAUACUGCAAGGUCGUGACGAUGAGAUUCCCACCCCGAUCGGAUACGAGACGGAUCCUCUGGCCGAGUUUGGCAAACACCCGACUGAGACUCACUUGCUCGCCGAUAGGAGAAUAGGCAACUUCGGCAUGGCAGGAUAUGCCCUCCGUAACAUCGUUGGGCUGGCCGGGCCCAAGGAGAUCCGCAUGGUCUGCAUCCCCCGUGACUUCUGGGAGACGAUGGUGGCCGACGCUCGCGACGAGCUGCGUCAAGAAGCAGUAGCCAAAGGAGAAGAAGAAGUCCCGUUCGUAACAGAAGGCGACGUCCUGGUAGCAUGGUGGACGCGCGUCUGCUGCUGCCACCUCGGCCCAGACUCGACCACCACCGUCGCCGCCCAGAACGCCAUGUCCCUCCGCAAGGUCCUCGGGAACGACCUCCUCUCGCCCCCCGACCGUCCCUUGAUCUCCAUGGCCCUCGGCUUCCCUACAGUGCUCCUCCCCGCGGGCGAGAUCCUCUCCAAGCCCCUCAGCUGGCUCGCCCUCCAGUUCCGCAAGGCCAUCAACGAGCAGGGCACGCGCGCCCAAGUCGAGGCCUACGCCGCGCUGCAGCGCGAGUUCAGCGCCGACCUGCGCAUGCCCAUGUUCUUUGGGGACAGCGGCAUGUACAACCUCUUCUACUCCAACUGGCAAAGGGCCGGCUUGUUCGAGUUCGACUUUGGCGCGGCGGCUGUGGCACCGAGGGAUGGGAAGCCGUUGCGCGCGUCUUACAUACAGUGCGUGCAAGAUCCUGCAUUCCCUGAGGGCUGGCCGAUCAGCGGCAAGGAUGAGCACGGUAACUACUGGAUCUCUGGGUUCAGGGCGAAGGGUCUUUGGGCCAAGAUUGAGGAGGAACUGAAGGGUCAAACUAGCGGAGAGAAGAAGGCCUAG